AUGCUGAGAGCCAACCGGGGUGGCGGCGGCAUGCGCAAUUCGGGACCGGCUUCCCCAAUGGUUUGGGCCCUGGUCGGGGGAAGCCUGGCGGUUUCGCUGGCGUUCAACGUCGUUAACGCCAAGGCCAGGAGAGGCGCAAGCGGCGCGGCGAGCGGGCCGAGGGCCAUCAAGCGACCCCACCCCGUGCCGUUCGGGAAAGUGGGAGAGGAGAACCGCGGGAAGAACCCCAUGGACCCCCCUUUGGAGCGAAUGGACGACUACUUCUGGAUGAGGGAUGACAAGCGGGAGUCCAAGGAAGUGCUGGGACACAUCAAGAAGGAAAACGCCUACACGGCGGAGAAAAUGGCACACCUAGAGGGGCUCAGGGAAGACCUGUACAAGGAAUUUUUGGGGCACAUGAAGGAAACAGAUGCGGAGGUCCCAUACCGUCACGGUCCCUUCUUUUACUACUCUCGCAGCGUCAAGGGGAAGCCGUACAGGAUCCACUGCCGGAGCAGAGAGCAGGGGGGGGAGGAACAGGUGGUGUUGGACGAGAACGUCGAGGCGGAAGGCGCCGACUACUGCGACAUCGCCGCCGUCAUCCCUUCCCCUGGCGAGCACGACCUUGCCGCCUACGCCGCGGACAUGACCGGUUACGAGACGUACGACGUUCGGUUUCGCGACGUGGCGACGGGGAAGGACCUCGAUGACGUCAUCACCAAGACAUCCGGAGACGUCUGCUGGGGGGCGGACGCUACCACGGUUUUCUACACCACUCAGGAUGAGGAGCACCGCCCUCACAAGCUUUGGCUGCACACCCUGGGCACGCCGCAGGCAGAGGACGUGCUGCUGUACACGGAAGACGAUCAGCUUAUGUGGAUGGGCAUUGGCAAGACCGACAGCAACAGGUUCUUGACGAUGAGGGUCGGAAGCAAGACCACCUCGGAGAUUCGCUUCAUGGACCUGCAGGGCGUGCAAGGUGCGGAGGCACACCGCGGCUUGUCGCUCAAGGUCCUGGCGGACAGGAUGGACGGCGUGCGGUACGGAGCCGAGCACUGGGGAGAGGACUUUUACAUGGUGACGAACAAGGAUGGGUGCAAGAACUCCAAGCUCGUCAAGGCACCCAUCAGCGCACCAGGGUCGGAGAACUGGACGGACGUGAUGCCUUACGACCCGGACGUGUGCCUGAAGGGGGUCUUGUGCUUCGAGAACCACAUCGUCCUCUCAGGAAGGGAGAAAGGGCUAUCCCAGCUGUGGAUCCGGGACAUGAGAACCGGCGAGUCGCACCAAGUGAAACACCCAGAACAGGCGUACGCGUGCUACUCCACCUGCAACAGGGUGUUCGACACGAGCACGCUGAGAUUCGGGUACCAGUCGAUGGUGUCCCCACGGGCGGUGUUCGACUACGACAUGGACUCAAAGGCUCGGACCCUAUUGAAGGAAAAGGAGGUACCCGGUUACGACAGGUCCAUGUAUGAAUGCGAGAGGACGGUGGCCAAUGCUCGCGACGGGGUGGAGGUGCCGAUGUCGAUCGUCUACAGAAAGGAUGCGUACCCCGAUGGCUUGGCGGGAGCGAAGGCGCCGUGCAUGCUUUACGGCUACGGCAGCUACGGUGCCUCGAUGGAACCGUCCUUCGACUUCACCAGGCUCAGCUUCCUGGACCGUGGGAUGGUGUACGCCAUCGCGCACAUCAGGGGCGGGGGCGAGAUGGGUCGCCCCUGGUACGAGGACAGCGGGAAGUACCUCACCAAGCGCAACACCUUCCAAGAUUUUGUGGACUGCGCGGAGCACCUGGUGGCGGAAGGAGUGACGUCGCCGAAGGGGCUCGCCGUGUGCGGACGCAGCGCGGGGGGCCUGCUGAUCGGGAACGUGGUGAACAUGCGGCCCGACCUCUUCGCGGCCGCGGUGGCGGACGUUCCCUUCGUCGACCUCAUGAACUCGAGGGCGGCAGCGGGGGCGGGCUCAUGGAGGGGAAGUCUUGCGCGUGAUCGUGUCUUGAUGACUGAAAAGAAGCUAGACCUGGAGUACAUUCAGAUGGCGGACCCAAGCAUUCCCCUGACCAUCACAGAGUGGGAGGAAUGGGGAAACCCUAACGAAUCCAAGUACCACGACUACAUGCUGUCCUACUCGCCCUACGACAACGUGCGGCGUCAGCCCUACCCGGCGAUGCUCGUCACGGGGGGGCUCAACGACCCAAGGGUGGCGUACUGGGAGCCGUGCAAGUGGGUGUCCAAGCUGCGGGACAUGGCCACCACGGAUAACCCGCUGUACCUAAAGAUAGACAUGUCGGCAGGCCACUUCAGCGCGAGCGACCGCUACAAGCACAUGAAGGAACAGGCCUUCGAGUACGCCUUCGUGUUGGAUGUCCUAGGGUGCACGUCUCUCGUCGCCCCAGCAGCAGCAGCGGCGGCAGAAGCGGCGGCAGAAGCGGCGGCGUCAGGGGGGGGGGGUGGAUCGGCCACAGCCCCGGCCCCACCGCGAGCCUCCUUGUAGGGGCUUUGGCCUGGUUUGUACGGUUCGAGAUGCAUGGCCUUCGAGCUUGAGAAAGUUUUGGCUGUACUUUUUGUAUUGUAGAAAAUCGUGCUCUUUGCCCCCUGCUUGUUUCAGUCUGGUAGGACUAAACGGGGUUUGUUGGUUAUUUUACAAGUGUGUUCGGCGGGAUCUUCUUCUAGGUCAGUUUGUAUUCCAAUUUUAGCCUUGCUUGGUGCGCAAAAGAAGCAAGUUCGUUUUCCUUCCGAAAGGAAAGCCGGGAUUGUACUGAAUACAACUCACAACGAUUUCCCUCUAGUUUGAAGCUUGAAGACAAGGAAAACAGCAACCGACUUCGGCGUGAGGGGGUCCUCAUAGUCGUGCUACUACUUCGCUGAAUUGGACUCCCUGCAAUAGUCGGGUUGUACGGUGGAUGGUGUACAAGGGGUUUCUCCAACGAUUUACUCGGUUAUACUUUCAUUUGGCGGACACGCUUUCGGCGAUAACGCCAUACGGCGGGCAGUUUUUCGGCGGUAAACUGCAUUGUAUUGCCUUGUUCAGGGUUAAACGGCUGGUCGGAGGCGGUAGAACCAAACGGCGGAUUUCUUUUCGGGUGGAACAUGGGUGGAUGGCAGUGAUGGCGUUUUUCGGCGGUAACGAAUUUGGCGGAAGCGGUAAAAAAACCGGCGGAGUACCGGUACCACCCACCGGUACUUCACGGCGGGUAAAUGACCAUGGCAAACCCAAUGUUUGUUCCGUCCCGGUCGUCUUGGUGAUGGGUGGGCCCGUGCUGGAAUAGCCACACACACACGCACCCCUGGCUGAUAUUUGUUGCCAUGGACUAGCACUGCUGCUGCUGCUGCUGCUGCUGCUGCUGUGCUCGAGAGGGCGAUUUGGCCGGUAUCAUGGAGAAGGGUGCGAUUCUCCCACCACGUACGUGGUGGUGUUUUGUGCGAGUGUAGGCGUUCAAUAAUAGAGAGGACAGAGCACCCGAGGAUGGCCGUUGUGGCGUUUUCUAGCGUUUUGUGGGGAAGGGGAACGAAGCGCGCGGCGUUAUUUAGUUAGCCAGCGAAGCCGCUUCGAGAAUCCAAGGAAAAAGUGAAGCGCAUGGUGGUGGGUACGUGUAGAAUAUCGAAAGUUACUCUCGGACUCCUGAUUCGGCGGUUGAUUCUUCAUUCUGCGGUUGAUUUGCAGGGAUUGGUCACGGGGGGGCGUACUCUUAAGUUUUGCAUGCCUGAGCGGUUAGACCAUUGACCACGCGUCCUCGAGAGGACGGAGCAUUGCUCCCACAGGACCGAUCACCGAUGGCCAAUCGUU